AACAGUCUCUUCAGGCUACACGGGGGAUCUUUGACUUUGUAGAGAUGAGUAGAGGUGGGUGCUAAUGUCAGAGUGGGGCCAGCCGUGCUACGGGCCACACUGCAUCGCAUCAACUUUCCGUGUGUAAAUACCCGUUGAAGAUUGUAAUUACAUUUUUUCAUUCGAACAUUGACGAUAAUGGCUCGGUUCCCGUGUCUUUGCAGCGAUGUGCGGGGUAUUGUUCUUGGGGUUUCAGUGAGGAUUAUUAUUAUUAUUACUACGCGGAGAGGAUCCGUCGCUCUACACUCGAAAACAAGAGACAGCUGUCAUUGUCAUCCUCGUUUCACAAUCCUGUACUCGCAGCACUUAAAACAAGUUGCUCUUUUACCUAAUACAAUGGCGAGAAAAAAUACGCAUCGAGAGAUUUUAUUUUUUAAAUAUUCCCUAGCAUUGAAAUAAUAUUAUGGCGAAAGAAUUACGUUAAUCGAAGCCGCGAAUUGAAAAGUUCGAGCAAUAGUUUUUGUUUUAUGGAACGUGAAACAGUGUUCGAUAUCCGUGACAUCCCACAUAUUCAGUGGCGCUCUCUAUUGCAACAUCUUCCGCCGUUUCAACUCGGUUGAGUGUUUGCUCCACGGAACAUCCCGAUUAGCCAGUUACCCCGCUAGCUUCGGUGGCAACGACCCGCCGCAACCACUAACUACAGAGAUAUUGUUGCUGUAGAGAGGAGCCGAGCCAGCAAACAGCCAGGUAACUCGCGGUGCAGAUUAUUAUUAUAUUCACAAUUGUAUGAUUGCGCAUUCAUGCGGAGAAGUGCACGCCGCUCGCCUGGUACCCCUUGUCCUCCUCCUCCUCCUCAGACAUGAUCAAUCCACUGCUGGAUACAGGCCUCCCGAAGCUAUAUCCCUCACCGUCGGUACUGCAAUGCUGCAUUCGAGCUGAGCCUGCUUAAUAUUGUGUGGAAAAAAACUAAUAAAUAAGCCAUUUUCCACGCAGACAAGGAGGUUGACGUUUCGAGCGACCGGCCUUCUGCAUAUGGAAACAUGAAUCAAUUAUUUAGGCGGUGAUACUUUGUUGGCAGUAGUGGUCCACAAAUACCAACAACAAUAACAAACUCAACACACUCGUCAAUAACAUUGCCUUAACACUUCCAUGUGCUAUGGCAGUGGUCACUGCAUCGCGCGCUUUCAGAUGCACUUCUGCGGCCGUCUGGAACGCUCUUCCCUCCGAUAUUCGGAAGCCACUGGAGAUUCCCCGGCGAGAACGAUGCGGGUCGUGCCACGCGCGCUGCGCGCCGCCCUGCUGCUGCCGUUGGUGGCGCUCCUCGCGCUGUCGCCGGCGCAGGAGCUGCCGUCUCGGCCCGAGCCCCGGCCCGGCUCGGCGCCGCCCGUGGGCCACCCCGCCCUGGAUGAGCAGGAGGAGCACGCGACGGCGCUGCCGGACGGCGCGGAGCUCACGGACUACCUGCUGAGAGACACGUCCAAGCGGUUCUAUCUGGUGGUGGAGGAGGACAACACCCCACUGUGGCUGGUGCUGACGCCGUGCGACGCCUCCUUGGAGUGGACGCUCCGAGUGGAGGACCUACCCGAGGAGGCCAGUGGUGGAGGCUCAGGCGACUCCGAGCCGUUCCGAGCCCAGCAGCCGGAGAGCCGCCGCCCGGCCUCCGAGGAGCUGCACUCGUACCGCGGCAACAGCAUGGAGAGCUACGCCGUCCACUCGGCCAACUCGGGCCUCUACAUUCUCGAGGUGUUCUCCCCGGAGAGGGACACCAGCUUCAAGGUGUACGCCAGCACCGCCUCGUCUCCGGGCGUCGGGGACAGCUACCCGCAGCUGCCCGCCGACAGCCGGCUCGACGUGACGUGGGUGGGACGCAGCGCCGUCACGCUCUCCUGGAAGUCCAGCUGGACCACUGCUCUGUCAAAGGACACGGCGGUGCGCUACUGCCUCCUGGCCAACCGCGACCACAACGUCAAGAGCCUGUGCGGCGCGAAGACCAAGCUGGGAUCGGGGCCCGUUCCGCCGGUGCCGCUGGCCCGAGACCUGAACCCCUACGACUUCGCCUACCUGGGGUUCAGCACGGACUUGCUGCCGAGGGCUCCUCCGCCACCGGCCGUGAGCCACGGGCCGAGUCGAUCGGACGUCUUCUUUACCUGCCUGGACGACAAGACGGUCUACACGGUGUCAGAGCUGAAGCCCGACACGCAGUACUACUUCGACGUCUUCGCCGUCAACCCCCGGACUAACAUGAGCGUCUCCUACAUAGGGACGUUCGUCCGAACGAAGAGCGACGGCCAGGCCGAGAAGGUCACGGAGCUGAAGGACGGAAAAGUGACGGAGCUCACCGUGAAGCCCAGGGGCGGAGACCGGGAGGGCGGCGGAGGAGGCGCCGGCAAGAACCUGCGCUUCCGCCCGGUGUCGUCGCACCAGCACGUGCUCUUCUCGUUCCACACGUGCCAGGCCGCCAACGCCAUCCCGCUGCGCGUCGCCAUCCGCCGCGACGGGAAGCUCAUCUCCAGCGUGUCGCUGCCGGCCGGAGGGCUGCGUCACCUGCGCGUGAGAGGGAGGCCCAAGGCCGUCUACACCGUCCGCGUCAGCGGCAACGCGGGCGCGCCCGACGGGCGCCGCCGGCGGCGGCACCCGCGCCACCGGCGGCAGCGGCGGCGGCAGCAGCAGCAGCAGCAGCGGCACCAGCCGCCGCCGCCGCCGCCGGUGGCCGCGACGCUGCGAGUGUCGGCGACGUCCCGUCCCGGCAAGCAGCCGUUCCCCGAGCUCCCGGACGACACGCGCAUCAAGGUGUUCGACCGCCUGCGCGCCUGCAACGCGGUGACGGUGGCCUGGCUGUGCGCGCCCGAGCGGCAGAAGUACUGCCUGUACAAGCGGCCCGUGGGCGCGGCGCCAAAAGGCGGCGGCGGCGGCGCCGCGGCGUCUCCGCCGCUGGGCGCGUGCUUCGGGCCCGAGAGCCGCAAGAAGUCGGAGAAGGUGCUGUGCAAGGAGUUCAGCAGCGCCGACCCUCGGCGCUCCGUGCUGGCGCAAACCGUCCGCGGCCUGGAGCCCGGCCGGGCCUACGUGCUCGACGUGUACGCCAUGGCGCCCGGCGGGGAGGCGGCGCGGUACCAGAGCAGGAUGGUGACGACGCGCUCGCGCUGCUGAGCACGCCGCCGGUCCCGCGAGCGACGGGGAGCGGCGGAGGUCACACGACGAUCGUGCGGCAGAUGAGACUUGCCCGGCCCUUGAUGAGACGUUGCUUGAACGGGAGCGUCCCCCGACCUCCCGGGGGGGGGGAGGGGGGGGGAUCAUUGCGUAGGGAGCGAACGCAGAGAUGGAGCCGCUGAUCAAAACAACAACAAACGUGUGUGCGGUGUGAAUAUUCGCGCGGAAACGCUUGCAUCCGUCGGUGUACUAACACGCGUUUUGCUGAGAAGAGAAAUGAGAGGAGAUGCUCGUCGCUAGCCUUCGUGUGCUUUGCCUGGACCAUUUCUCCAUGGCAGACCGUCAGAAUGUCUCGCUAAACCACGCGUGCGUAACCAGGAGAUCCUUGCAUGCAGCCGUACGUCAGCAAUUUGUACUUUACGCAACAACGUUUUUACGGACUAAAAUGUAUCCCGUCUCAACAGAACGUUAUACGGUUCUGACGUUAGAUAACUGAUGUUUAAUUAAAAAAUAAUGUCCCAUAUUAUAGCACGUAACCGAGCGUCGAUAUGAAUAAAAAUGCCCUUCAUCAUUUUCGCGGUGAGUUUCAUGAAAUUCGCAACGAUGUUUCUAAAAUACAGCAGCCCGUGUGAUGACCUACGUCCGGAUUAUUCUCUAAUUUAAAUUGUUUAUAUUGACUCUACUAUUAGAAAACAUAUUUUUCUUUCUUAAAACCUUUUUCCCCUUUAGGUAAAAUCGUGAGAAAGUUAUAUUAUUAUUUACUAUCUUAUGUAACUAUAAUGUUUUUUUUUCUUUUAAACUUGAAUCUUAUUUGUUCUGCCUAAAUAAUGUUGUAAGUUAUUGAAAUCACAGUAUUUGAGCGUCUUACUGCUUAUAAUGAAACCUUGUACUAAAAAUAUAUUUGCAUAUUUUUUCUUUGUUUUUUGGUAACAUACAGUACGUGUAAAUAUUUACAAAAUUGGUUAUAUUGUAUUGUGUUAUAUUCACGUUGUACGACAGUGUUCACAUAUAGUUACGUUCGACCCCAAUAAAGUUCAUCUAAACAUUC